CUCUCUUCUUUCUCUCUCUUAAAAAAGGACAAUCACUCCCUCAAAAAUCCCAACCCUCCUCCCCCCACUUUUGCAGGCCUUCCACCCACUCACUCAACCCCUCGCUUCAAGCAACCAGAAAUCAUUCUCCCCCACAAAACAUGAUGCCAUCUCCAUUCUCUGUCCACCCUUUCUUUUUCUAGUUUAUUGCUCUCUCUCUCUAGAUUUUCUCCCCUCUGUCUCUUUCUCUCUCUUCCCCCUCGCAAUGUGGCCGCCGUGGGGGAAGAAGACGAGUCGCCGGAAAACCCAAUCUCCGGCCUUCUCCUCUCCUUCUUUCAAAGACGUCCAGAACCUCACAGAGCCUCCACCGCCAGAAACUUGCAGGAAAAUUACCGUGUUUCAUAAAACAGCCACUUCGCCGGCGAGGAUCUCUACCUCCAUAAGGCGAUGGGCCUCUCUGCCCUUCCUCGGACUCUCGCCGGAAAGUCUCAAAUGGCAGGAAAAUAUCUCUUCCUCCAAAAGGUCGCCCAGGCAGAAAAACCCACCUCAGAAUUGGCCGGAACAUAAAAACCAUCCCGAGAUUUUGCCGGAAAAUAACACCCACCCUGAGAUUUCAUCGGAAAAUAAAAACCCACCUCAGAUUUGUCAGGAAAAUAUAGUGAUUUCACAGGAAGAGAAUGACCCGCCCAAGACUUGGCCUGAAUCACCGGGAAAUACAUUCUCCCCAAGAAACUCAUCAGAAAAGCUCGACGGCUCACCGGAAAACGCACCGGAAAUUUUCGAAACGUCAGAAAAGCCAGUGGCUUUAUCAGAGGGAAGAAAAGUGGUCUUCUAUUUCACCAGCCUUCGCGUGGUUCGAAGAACCUUCGAAGACUGCAGAGCCGUCCGCGUAAUAUUACGUGGCUUGCGGGUGGCCGUCGAUGAGCGAGACCUCUCCAUGGACGUCAGUUUCGUGGCCGAGCUCCAGGCCAAGGUGGGCUCGAGCCCAGCGCUCGAGGUGGGCUCAUUGCCUCGCGUCUUUUUAGGGGACCUGUGCAUUGGGGGCGCCGAAGAGGUUCGACAAUUGCACGAGUCAGGUGAGCUCAAGCGAAUGCUCGAAGAAUUCGCGAGUGUGAGCGAUGGCACGUGCGAAUGGUGCGGUGGGUUAGGGUUUGUUAUGUGCGGCACGUGCAGUGGGAGCCACAAGAGGUUUGUGAGUGAGAAGGGUGGGUUCAGGACCUGCAAUGCGUGCAACGAGAACGGGCUCGUCAGGUGUCCUGAUUGCCGCUGAGGAGAUGGAAAGUGUUGUGCAGAGACGGCCAUGGAAGGUUUCUCCUCUGUAUGAGGAGAGAGAAAAUAGACAUAUUGCCCACUUUUUCUCUUCUUCUAGAGAGAGAGCCUACUUUCUCUCUUUUCUUCGAGAGGAGAGAGAAAGUGGAUGGUUGCCGCUUCCGAUUUCUCUCUCUGGCCCUUUUGUUUGUCUCUCUUAAUAUUCUCCAUAUUCCCUUUUGAUUUCAUGUCAUAUGACUAAUGGGAUUCGGAAGGAUUUGGGAGAGGAAGGAGAGAGAGAGAUGUCUCAAUUUUUUUAAUUUUUUUUUUUUUUAAGUAUUUUCUCACUCUGGAAUUUUUUUAGGGCCAUCAAUUCAAUUUUGAAGAUUAUGGCCCUUUGCCCAUCUGGCAAUGGGAUUUUGGCAAAAUUUUGAUCCCUUUCUUCUCACACAACUAACAAAAUUGAUUGAUACCUCCUAUUUUAUUGUUUUCUAUGUUGACCCCAUUCCUUUAACAUGUAAGCCUCUCUCUCUCUCUAUAUCUCUUUCUCUCUCUAGAAUGUUGACCCCUCUCUCUCUCUUACACACACAUUUGAGGAGAUCUCGGUCUCACCAGGCUACAAUGCUUGUGCCCGAAUAUACAGGUUAGGUUAGUUGUUGCCUUUCUCAAUUUGUGCAAAUUAUUCCCCUCUCCUCUCUAGAUUUGAGGUGAAGGGCUCAUUUCUCCCUUCCUUCUAGUCUAUGUCAAGAAAUAAGAAAAAUGCAGCUAUUAUCUUCUAUGUAUAUUAUGUUUCAAAUUUUGAGCUCUUAAAAUACCACUCUACUUUUUUGAAGCCUUUGUAUUAAAUGUGAAGGAAACACCAUUAAAAUAGUUGUUCUGUCCAAUAUUUAUUGUAACAUUUUAUACAUGAUUGCUUAUAAAGAGAUAAGAGUUUUGGUC